AUAGGCAAAACAAAUGCUCCAUGUUCCUGUGUUCUUCCGGUAGCUUGUCCGAAGUUGGUUGCUACGUACAAUAAGGAGACUUUUGGUGGGCUUUGCAGCAUUACUGCUGUCAGUAUGGACCCUCAUCACCCCCACUUGAUCACCGAUUGUCUUAUUCAUAUUUUUACAUUCCUGAAAGAAGAAGAUUUAAUCAGUGUCUCAAGUGUAUGUAAGGAAUGGCAUAAAGCUGCAGAGACGUCUUGGUUAUGGAGGAGGAUGUGUCUGCAGCGCUGGAGCUUCUGUAACCUCGCCGUGAUGAGGAGUGAGCAGGUAUGGCACUCGUGGAAGAGGUACUUCCUGCGACGCGCCCACCUGGAGAUGAAGAUGACUGAAGGCCGGUCAGGAGGUUACACCUGCAAAAGCCUUAGGGGACACACAGGUAGGGUGGUAGGGUUGGUGUACCUGCAGGGGAAUUCAGCCCAGCAUCCCGGCAUCUGGAACAACAGCACCACAGUCUGCAGUGCUUCUACCGAUGGUACAGUCCGAGCGUGGGACGUCCAAAAUGGUGAGCUCCUGUGGUGCAGUCCUGUGCAGAGUCCUUUGACGGGGAUUUUAAGUGACGAACAGCAUGAAGUUGUGAUCACUGCAGAUUCCACAGGCCUCAUUAAGACAUGGAAGGGCCAGACUGGUCAGGAGGUGGCCUCCUAUUCAACUGCAUCUCCACACUGUACAUUGCUCCAGUACAACAUCAACAAUGACUGGUUUUUGACUGUUGGAACCAGUCAGGGAUCAGUGUGUACACUGGCUGAUUCAGCUUUGACUAAUAAGUCCAGCACAAUGGUGUGUGACACCUUUAAAGUCAACAUACUCCUAGUCUCACCUGACAAAAAAUGGAUUGUGGCUGGAACCAAGGACAACGAUGAUAUAAGUCCAAAGGUGAUUUAUACUGAGAGUCUGAUCUCUCCAACUAUGGACGAAGAUCCUCUGUGCCAGUUUGUACCAGUCAGUGGGUGCCAGGCUGCUGUCUUCAUACCUACGCAGCCUGCCAGACUGGCCAUUAUCCACUGCAGUGAGGGCCAACGCAACAAAGCCCUCACUGUCUUUGAUGUCAACAUUAAAAAGACCAAGUACAAGUCAGAGAUCCAGGUCCAGCAGGUGGAGUCCUUCCCCUUGACUCUGAACACAUGGUCCCCAAACAUCUUUCUAGAGGCCAGGGACAGCAACUGCUUAGUGCUGGCAGCUGGCCAAGAGCUAUGGGUCUACUCUCUGAAAGGAGCCCUGCUUGCUAGCUUUAAAGAGCAUAUUAUGCCUAUCUCUUCUAUAUGUGUGGAUAGCUUCCGUGUGGUGACGGCUUCUCAGGACCUCUCCUUACGAGUACUGACGUGGAAGAAUGACAGAGACCACGGGUUGACUCUUGAGAGCAGAUACCACCUACUGGGAGGCUCACACACAAUGUCUAGGGGCUUCACUCACGUUACGUGUGAUUACUCCAGUAUCGUGGCCUCAGUAGAAGGGAAAGAUGGGAAAGAUGUCUUAAAAGCUUAUUCUUUCACCUCCUGAAAUGGUGCCUGCAUGCAGUCUGAACAUCCCACUAGAAGGAGGGACGUUUGCUUUUAUUAUCAACUGUUCAUCAUAUACGUAUGCUAACACUGUGAUGUUCUGUGGUAAGUAAGUUUACAAAAAGAGAAUGUAACCUGUAGUAAGAAACACUAUGCUACAGGAAAGGCAGUGACACACUGUGUGAUACAAUAUGCUUCUGGCUAUAUAUCUGGCUAAUCUAUCUGGGGCGUGUUCACAGGAGAUAUGUGAAAAUGUUCUGUGACUAUGAUUUUGGAGCUGAGCUAUGCCAGUGUUGAAUGUGACCAGGCUUAAAGCAAUAUGUUACCUCUGCUCUCUGCAGAGGAAAAACAAUACUGAGGCAGGUUUGUUGUGUAUCAGUGACAGUGAACUACAUACCAUAAGUGUUUACAUUUAUCCCACAUUGAAAGAUCAAUUGUUACAUGUUAAAUAAUUUUGUCACAAGGCACAGAACCAUCCUUUUUUCUUUCACGUCUCCACACGGAUGUUCAAGUGCAUCUCAUAUACAGUAUACAGACCUGAGAGUACCUAUGUGAGAGGGAAGGGAGACGGAGACAGAGGUGUCUUGUCUGCUUCGAUGGCCAUGCAUCUCAUGUUCUCAAGGACAAGCCUUAGGACUGUAGUCAUGGAUUCGUACACUUUGCUCUCAUCCUCUGAUUUAAUAUCCAUCUGUUCAAAGGUAAACAAGACUUGUAAGUUGGUCAAACAA